CUCUCUCACUUCCACAAAAACUCAAAAGACAAAAAAUGUCUCCCAUUCCAAAACCACUCUUCUUCUUCUUCUUCUUCCUCUUCAACUAUGUAUCUCUCUCAUCCUCACUCUCCCUCCACCUCCCACUCACAUCUCUCCCUAUCUCCUCCACCACAAACUCUCACCGCUUCACCACCUCUCUCCUCUCCCGGAAAAACCCAUCUCCGUCGUCUCCACCAUACAACUUCCGAUCAAGAUUCAAAUACUCAAUGGCUUUAAUCAUCUCACUCCCCAUAGGAACACCACCACAAGCUCAACAAAUGGUUCUUGAUACCGGAAGCCAACUUUCUUGGAUUCAAUGUCAUCGUAAAAAGCUUCCUCCAAAACCUAAAACAUCUUUUGAUCCAUCUCUUUCUUCUUCUUUCUCUACUUUACCUUGCUCUCAUCCUCUUUGUAAACCAAGAAUUCCCGAUUUUACCCUUCCUACUUCUUGUGACUCCAACCGGUUAUGUCAUUACUCUUACUUCUACGCUGAUGGAACCUUCGCUGAGGGUAAUCUCGUCAAAGAAAAAAUCACUUUCUCAAAUACCGAAAUUACCCCUCCUUUGAUUCUUGGUUGCGCUACUGAGUCUUCUGAUGAUAGGGGUAUUUUGGGAAUGAAUCGUGGUCGUCUCUCUUUUGUUUCUCAAGCUAAGAUUACAAAGUUCUCUUAUUGUAUCCCUCCUAAAUCAAACCGGCCCGGUUUUACUCCAACCGGUUCGUUUUACCUCGGAGAUAACCCGAAUUCUAAAGGAUUCAAAUACGUUUCUUUGUUGACAUUUCCUGAAAGUCAACGAAUGCCGAAUCUUGAUGAACAGUGCCGCGAUGAACAAGAUAGUGACACGUGUAGAUGCCAAAGGAUCUCAUUGAUAGGAGAUCUUGUGUUUCAGUUCACUAGAGGAGUUGAGAUACUUGUUCCGAAAGAGAGGGUUUUGGUUAACGUAGGAGAUGGGAUUCAUUGCGUUGGAAUCGGACGGUCAAGUAUGCUUGGAGCAGCUAGUAAUAUAAUCGGGAACGUUCAUCAACAAAAUCUUUGGGUUGAGUUUGAUGUGACCAAUAGGAGAGUUGGUUUCGCUAGAGCUGAUUGUAGCAGAAUACUGUGAAGAAAUCAGAAAUGGGUUGUGAUCAGCUACGGUUACGAGCAGGGUCUUAUGGUGGACUCGGUACAUAGUUAAUAUCAGUUUUGAAUGAGGCUCUGAACAAUAUGUCCUACAAAAUAAUUAAAAGUGUUCACGUAGAUUUUUAUUGUUGUACCGUUUGUAUAUUAUAUGGUUCUUAUUAACUUGUUACAUAAAAAUAUCUUUAUAUGUGUCACUAUGGCUUGUUGACUCGUGUUGAAAGACUUGUGGAUGAAGAGAGAUAGGAGAUUUAGAUUUGUGAAUUUGUUAAGUGUUUUUGUU